CGCGCCGCGUGAAUCCUCGCCGUGGCCGUCGCCGUCGCCGUUGCCGUCGCCGUGGCCGUCGCGGUAGUGGGCUGGUGGGUUUAAGAUCUGAACACAUAGUGACGUCAUGACGAAACGCGUUCGAAGCCAAUGGUCAUAUGUAUCAACGAGAGCGAGUACCACAGCUAUCAGUAUUAGCCCGGUCAUCUUCCAACGCCGAUCGCGCGCGCGGUAAAUAUCUCGUAACUGAGUGAAAGAUACUACUUUCAUAUUCGCCAAAGACGUUACGUUUCGCGGACACGUAACGAUGGGAUAAAUUGAUUCGCGGCAACAAUCAUCUCCCAGGAAAGUCGCUGAUUGCAACGAUUUUUAGGAAAAGAACUACGGAUUCGUGGCGCGUCAAUCAAUAAUUGAACAUUUGUCCAUAUUUUUUUUUUUUUUUCUUUUUUUUUCUUAACUUUGUGGCCGACGAAGAGAGGGAGAGUCGUCGAGUAGUCGAGUUGUCGCUGUUGUUAUCGGUGACAACGUGUUACGUUUUCCUCGCAAACGAUGAGAUUUUGCGGGAUCUGGAAACGGUUCGCUUCGCGAACGCGUGUGUUCGACCUCGUGCAAAGGCCAAACGGUAGCGCGCGAACGAGCCGCGUGCUCUCCCCUAUCUUCGAUAUAUUUGUGAAACUUGUACACUUGUCUGGGAAGCGAUUCGACAUUGCUGCUUUGGGUGAAGCGUCUUCGAUAGCGACCGAUCCUCGUCCACCACCGUCCAUUAUGAAUACAACGCGAGGACAGCACGUUUCGCCGCAUGGGUGCCUGGGUUGACGAUCGUUUCGUGGAGGAGGAGGUGGUUCCCAGUAAUCAAAGUACCACUUGGACUUGGAGAAUCCGGAGCCGCGAUUGCAAUGGUGGUGGAUCGCUGCAUGGUCGAUCGGGUGCCGACUAUCAAUCGCCAAACAACUUUACGUCGACCUGCUCAUCAGCAUCCCUGUUGCCGUUGCGCCGUCAGUUCACUAGACAGCUCUAUGAAUGGCCUUGUUUACCGUUGUUUAAGUCAAGGACGAAACUAGAUCUUUAUUGAAUCGAUCAUUCCUUUGAGAAUAAGAACCGCCUGAGAAACGUUUAUUUGCAAAUACAGAUAUAGCCCAAAUCUUUUGGGUUUUUUUUUUCUCUUUGUUAUCGUAUUCGAUUGUUUGCGUGUGUGUUUGCGUAUUGGGAUUAGUGUCGCGGAGCUAAAGAUUGAAUUGCCCAGAAAUCUCAACUUUCGAAGGUGAAUUGCAAAAGUAUAUCAUUCAUAUUCUUCGUUUCUUCAAUAUGGCCGAGUGGACCAAGUUCAACGAUCGAAAUAAGCUAAGUCGAUCUGACGAACGAGAUAAAAAGGACGAUAUAAUCGUAAAGCAAUCUUAUACCGAAAUCAAUGUCAAUGAGAUUAUCGACAAAGAUUCGCGCGUGACAAAUGAUCGGAAUGAUCGCGAUCACGAACGCAAAGAGACGAUUACGGACUCGAAUUUGACUCAGGAAUUGGAGUACGUCAACGGUUUUCGGAACAAUUCGGAAUUGCUGAAAGGCUCGCUAAACCAAGAAGAAGAAGAAGAAGAGAGAUUCGUAGAAGAUAAUCAUCAUGAACGAAUAGGGGAAUCAGGCUCAAAGAUACGUCGGGAAGCUCGUCAGGAACUGAAGGAAAUCUUGCAAAAUUCGCAAAACUCACCAAAAAGACCCAACAGUCUUUACAAAGAAGAUGUGUCGGGUCCACGGAAGCUGAAAAGCGUUUAUAACGAGAGAAAUACAAUUUUUGGUUCGCCUACCAGGAUUCUGUCAUCCAAGAGUCGCUUGUCAACUGAAAACAGUAUCGAGAAACUCGCAAACGGAAAGUUUCCUAAGGAGGAUAAGCAGCAGCAUCAUGUGCAGUUUAAUAAAGAGUCCAAAAAGCAACAGCUACGUCAAACAUCUGAAGAAAGACCGCACUCGAGUCCGUCGAUUUCUACAUCGACUACAAGUAGUUUUGAAGAUAAUUCGAGCUUAGCACAAUUUUGCGAAGCGAGACCACCCGACGGAGGCUGGGGAUGGGUCGUCGUUGCGGCUUCCUUCAUGGUAAACCUAAUCGCGGAUGGCAUUACCUUCUCUUUCGGUGUAAUAUAUGUCGAAUUUUUGAAUUAUUUCGGCGGAGGAAAAUCCAAGACAGCUUGGAUCGGCAGUCUUUUCAUGGCAAUGCCGCUGUUAUCGGGACCGGUGGCAAGUUUUUUGACCGACAGAUAUGGUUGUAGGAGAGUAACCGUAGCAGGUAGCAUACUAGCGACGGCCGGUUUUGUUAUAAGUUCUUUCGCGAACUCUAUGGAGGUACUCAUCCUUACAUUCGGUAUCGUAGCGGGUUUUGGUUUAUCCUUGUGCUUCGUCGCGGCGGUAGUAAUCGUGGCGUACUACUUCGACAAAAAGAGAUCUUUCGCCACCGGUUUGUCGGUGUGCGGUAGCGGAAUCGGGACUUUCAUUUUCGCUCCCGUCACGCAGUAUCUUUUGGCGGAGUACGGUUGGAGAGGAACUACCUUGAUACUUGCAGGACUGUUUUCGAAUCUCGCCGUAUGCGGAUGUCUUAUGCGAGAUCUUGAAUGGACUACUACUAGAGCGAAAGCGAAAACUCAAGAGAGAAAAAAGAAUCGAGAGAAAAAAAGAUCGAGAAUGCAGAGUUCCAAUGCAGAUUCUUUUUCAGCCACCAGCUCCGCGAAUACAACCACGCAAACGCCCCACGGUGAUUCUAAAAGGGGUUUUGCAUCGGCCAACGCGAUGAUUAUCGAGAAUCUUCGACUUCAAGACGGCGAUGAGGAGAGCGGCGAAAAGCUCUUUUCUAGCUUGGUAAGUCUGCCUACUUUCGUUAAAAACAGAGAGAAGGUACCUGUGGAGGUGCUGGAAUUACUUAGCGCAAACAAGGCCGUUUACAAUGUUCUUCUGCAAAACUAUCCGAGUCUUUUGAUAUCAUCGAAGAGUUUCAGCGAUUCAGGAGGGUUACAUGAUCAGUUGAGUACACCCUCGGCCCGAUUUAUACCUACGCCGAGCCCAUUAGCCGAAUUAAAAGUUGAAAACGGUAAAGACAGGGAUAUUCGCGAGGAUAAUAACGAACAAACAACAGCGGACGAGCAACAGCGGAAAUCAGUAGAACCAGCGUACUUAUGGUGGCUGAAGAAAAUCGAUUCUGAUACUCCCUUGAGGCGUUCCAGUACAUUGGAACAACCAAGAAGACUACCUACCGCGUAUCUAAAUGACAUCAGAAUGCACAGGCACAGUCUAACUUACAGAGGUGCUAUGCUGAAUAUCAAUCGGUAUCGUUUGAGAGCUUCCAGCUGCCCAGACAUUUAUAGGAACUCGAUGACCACCAUUGCCAAGACGAAGCUUGUCUGGUACGCUGGACUCUGGGAAUUCUGGGACUUGAUCGUCGACAUGCUCGACUUUUCCUAUUUCGCCGAUCCGAGAUUUUUGCUGUUCGCUAUCAGCAAUUUUCUCUUGCACACGUGGUAUGACGUGCCUUAUGUCUAUUUGACGGACAACGCGAUCGAGGUUGGAUUCAGCGAGACGGACGCGUCUAUUCUGAUCUCGGUGAUUGGAAUCGCUAACAUGGGCGGUGAGAUUUUUCUAGGUUGGGCUGGUGAUAGAGCAUGGGUGAACGCAUCUAUCGUCUAUGCGGUGUGUAUGGCACUUUGCGGUGCCGUUACCGCCCUAAUACCCGUAGUUGUCAACGAUUAUUAUACCUUAUGUGCAAUCUCUGGUGCCUUUGGAUUAUUCAUCGCAGCAAAUUACAGUCUCACCAGCAUUAUCCUUGUCGAGCUGAUCACUUUGGAGAGGUUCACGAAUGCUUACGGCCUUCUGUUACUAGUCCAAGGAAUAGCUAAUCUUAUGGGUCCUCCGUUAGCUGGAUGGCUGUACGAUAUUACAGGCACAUAUGACCUCUCCUUCUACCUGGCGGGAUUAUUCAUCGCAUUAAGCGGCGCGUUGUUAUUAGUGAUGCCUUUGAUCAGUUUGUACAGAAAAUGCCGAGGUAAUGAAUCCGAGGAGGGAACUGUCGACAAGGAUUUUAAUGAGAUAGAUAAUGUGUAAAUAUGCCGAUAUAUUUAUUGGAAGAACAAACCAGAGACGAGCUAUCAUUGUCUACAGUUGUUAUUGCGCGACUGAAAUCGCGAUAUCACAAUGGAAUUGCAACGCGACUUGUAAAAAUUGCCGCAAGCACACCUUAAUUCUGUAGCAGUGUCAGAAUCCGCCAUAUACUAUAUGAGAGUCGCUCGAGCCGGCUGUGGUGUAUUACAUAGUUAUAAGUUUUUGUCGAAAUGCUCUUGCAAGGUUAUUGACAAUUAAUGUGACAACUAAUGCGAGCGACUCGAAGAGUAUUAUAUAAAAUGAAUCACAGUAGCAAAUCGUGUAUUAUCAACGGGUUCCGAUUCUGCGUGAUUAUCAGCGGACGAUUUUUUGCUGCUAAACUUUUGCGAAGGUUACCAAAGGUCAUGUCUAAUCUCUUAGACAUUGCGUAAAUGAAAUUAUUUCGAGAGUAAGUAUAGUUUUAAUAUUUUUAAUAGCGUAGAGUGAUAUUACGCGAUAUAGAGUAAUACAUUGUACAAAUUAGAGGAACGCGCUGCUCGUGAUAAUAUAAAAGGCCUGCGGUGAGAGAAAAGAUUUGUUAUAAGCUAUUAUCGCAUUGCCAUCGAUAUAAUUUAUCGAAACAGAUAUACAUUCUUGGCAUUGUAACAAUUAUAUAUAAUUUCGAAUCUCAGGAUAUACUACCAACAAUUUGAUACGUAUACAUAGGUUCGAAUCGGCACAUCUGGUGUCCUCUCGUUUGCGUGUACAGAAAUUCGUACAGAUUCUAUGCAGCAUGUUUGUAGUCGCUAUCCUUUCGUCAAGUGCGUUGCGUAUUCUGAAGCUAGAUUGUACAAUUGACAGAUUAUCUUUUCCUCCUUCUCUGUCCUUGAUUGACGCAAAAAAGGUAUUGUAAAUUAAUCACCGCACUAGAUAGUCUUUGUAAUCAUCAUCAUGUAACGUGCAUCCCUCGCAAAGGAGCCUUGUGAGUCAUUUGCAUUUAAAUUAAUUAAUUCACUUAAAUUUAAAUUAAUUUUAAAUUAAAAUUAAUAAUAAAUUAAUAUACUUUAAAUUAUUUUCACUUAAAUUAAAAUGUAUAAUUAAUUUAUAUUAAAUGUUAUUCGUAUCUAGUUUAAUUAUCCAGAUGGAAAUAUCAAUGUGUGUUUAUAAGGUUUGCCAAGCAACCAUGAAAGACUACAUUACCCGGACCAUAGAUUGUGAGUCCGACGCAGAAGAAAAAUCUCGCUCUAAUUUAUGUCUUUUACUUUUUGAAUUUCUUCUACUAUUGAAUGUAAGCAAGGCAGCAAAUCGGUCAAAUCAAUCUUUUGUAGAUACACAUAUCUUUUGUAGAUUUUGCAAUAUUCUUAUUUUUUAAAUUUUGAGAUAAGCGAGAACAAGAAAUGAUAUAAAGAUUAGAUAAUAUUAAAAGAUUCGAUAGCAAAUUUUUUCAUUUUGAGCGCGAUGCACGAAUUUCGUUUGAAAUAACAUAUGUCUAUAAAAUAGACAUUCGUGUAGCUUUUCUGUGAUUAUAAACUUGCCUCUUUAUCAAUUUGCGAGCUACAAAUAGACUACUACCUCUCUGUUACCAUAAUGUAUGCGUACGUACAUACAUGUCUGCGUGCAUGUAUUUUUUUUUUUAUAUAUAAAAUGUAAUCUACGUGUAUAUUUGCACUUAUAGAUUAAACAAGCGGUUUUUUCUUUUUUAUUAAAAAGAGGAAACAAGUAAAACAAUCGCACGUUAUUGUAGCGAUUUUUGAUUGUACAUAUAAUAAUACGAGCGAAGAGAAUAGUUGUAAUGUUAAUGCGAACAACAAUGGAUUUAUUGGUAAAAAAGAGUUUUUAUCGCUCUCGGUGUAUGUUGAAAACGUUUUAGGCGAAAUAUACAUUACUUGACGAUAUUGAAAUCGUAUCGUGCAUUCCGAUGGAAAUUAAAAAACGUAAAACGAAAUAGAGGUUUUUUAAAACUAGUCAAAAUCGCACUACAAUAUUUUAGGUACUGUCGAUUUCACACAAAAAUUUUAUAUUCCAAAGAUUUCUCUUAUAUAUAGUAUAUCAUUAUAGAGAUACACGUAUGUAUAACAUUAUAAUAUACGAGGCCUUUACACUAAAACCAAAUACGGAAAAAUAUUUAUUGCUUUCAGAUAUUAAGAAUUAAAUUGAUUAGACGGCAGAUGAUUGAUCGUAUGAAACGAGAGUUUCGAAUAUUUUUUAUUAAUACCGCGCGUAAUAAUUUGGUACCCAAAAGUAUGUAAUCGCAAAACCGGAGAUCGAAAUUUUAAAUUUUGAUCAAGCAUAUUUUUCGAUUCUAGAGAUAUGAUCGCGAUUGGUGUAUCAUAUAAUCGUAUCCGGUGUCAAGUCCAAAUUAUAUGAGUGUAAUUAAUAGUAAUUUUUUUCGCAGCGUAUGUGCUCGCAUUAUACAUCACUCGCGUACGCAGCCUUAUACGGCAUCUAUGAAACGUAUAAAGCAAUAUUUUAAUAUAAAAAAAGGAAAAAAAUUGUGUAUUUCAUAUAUAUUUACGAUAUCAAGUCGUCGGUUUCGCGAGAGACUGACAACUUUCAACGGUAGUAUUAAGCGAUAGUUAUUAAGAGACGGGGAAUGGGACGCAAAUAAUCUGUGAGAGUGUUGAAGGAGGAUCUUUAAUAGAAUUGUCAAUCGAAUCCCAGAGAGCGAUUCCUUCCAGUAAAAAAAAAAAGAUGAAAAAGUAGCGAAGCACGAGCGUUUUAGCUGACGAUAUAAUCAGCAUUCCACUUAUAUUAUGUAAGCUUGCGAAAUUUUUUUUUAGAAUUUUGGCAUUCUACGAGUUUCCGAAGAAUCUUGAAAAUACUAUUAUUCGAUUAUCAAUUAUAUUUCCGACGAUUUUAAUCGCGUUAAUUAGAUCGUUAUGAUACCGAUCUAGCGUCUAUUAUAUCCAAUACCUUAUAGGUAUGUAUAUUGGCGCAAGCCGUUACGGAUUUCAUGUUCUUGUUGACUCUGAAAUAUUUAAAAGAAUGAGUCUACGAUUAGCCAUAUGUGUAUACAUAAAUUCUUAGUAUACAUAAAUUCUUCAAUGCCGAUUCCUAGAACGACACGAUGCGUCGGUUGAGUUUCACGUAAAUCAUCCUCUCAUGUAUUGGAAAGUAUCCGAAAAUGAUCCGAAUAAAUAUCAUAGUGAUUUCUCGACAA